AUGGCUUAUCUCGGGGGUCCCAUCUGGGAUCUCUGCGAGGAAGCCACUUGUUCCAUCUGCCUGCAGUAUUUCCAGGAUCCAGUGAUCAUCCCGGAGUGCGGGCACAACUUUUGCCGAGCCUGCCUGAGCUGGUGCUGGGAGAAAGCUGGGGCAGAGGCUUCCUGCCCUCAGUGCAGGGAAACAGUUCAGCAUAGGACUCUCAUCUCAAAUCGGCCGCUGGCAAAUCCAAUACUUAUAGCCAAGAAGAAACUCGGCCUUCAAGAGGGGCUACGGGUAGAAGGAAAGGGAAGAGUCUGUGAGAAGUACCAGGAGCCCUUGAAACUCUUCUGUAAAGACCACAAAACCCCGAUCUGUCUUGUGUGUGAGAAAUCCAAGGAACAUGAAAAUCACAAGGUGAUUCCUCUGGAAGAGGCUUCCCAGGCCUACAAGAAUGGGGUCAGCAGCUGCCUAGACAAUCUGAGAAAGAAGACAGAGAAAAUCCUGACAUUCAAAGCAGAUACUGAAAAGGAAAGCCAAAACCUGCUUGGGCAAAUUGAUGCAGAGAGGGGAAAGACAGUGGCUGAGUUCAGAUGGCUGCGCCAGUUUCUGGAAGAACAAGAGAAGCUUCUCCUGGCCCAGAUGGAAGAGGUGGCGAAGGAGAUUGCAAGGAAAAGGGAUGAGCACCUGGCCAGGCUCUCCGAGGACCUCUCCUGUCUCGAAAGCACCAUCCAGGAGAUGGAGGACAAGCAUUGGAAACCAGCCAGUGAGCUCCUGCAGGAUAUUGGGAGCUUCUUGCAGAGGUAA